UCACACACACACACAGUUGAGCUCUUACCGAAUACCAGAACUCCCUGACUUCUGUAGAAAGACAUUUUGAGAUUAAAAGGAGAAUGUGAAGGAAAAUGAAAUGUGAAGAUGAGAAGCAGGGAGACUCCAACCGUCAUGUUAAGGUAAAGCAGAAAAGUGCAGUGCUGAACAUGCUAAAGAAGUUGGACAAAAUAAGGUUCAGAGGUCACAAGAGAGAUGAGUUCCUUGAUUUAGCAGAGUCUCCAAAUGCUUCUGACACUGAAUGUGGAGAUGAAAUCCCAGUGAAAAUACCUCGAACAUCACCCCGAGACAAUGAAGAGCUGAGAGACCCUGCUGGUCCAGGGACCAUCAUCAUGGCUUCAGGAGUGCAGGAUUUUAACAGAACGGAGUCUGACAGACUGAAUGAAAUCAAAGGUCACCUGGAAAUAGCCUUACUGGAAAAACACUUUUUGCAAGUGAACUGACGAUGAGCAGAGAAA